CGCUGUGCCGCGCUUCGGGCUUCGCCGCGUCGGGAUGAGCCGCGUUUUCCCAUGGACACCAAACGGGCCGAGAUCCCCAGCAGCGUCUUGGACGACCUGUGCAGCCGAUUUAUUUUGCACAUUCCAAGUGAAGAAAGAGACAAUGCAAUCAGAGUGUGUUUUCAGAUUGAACUUGCCCAUUGGUUUUACUUGGAUUUCUACAUGCAGAACACACCAGGAUUACCUCAGUGUGGGAUAAGAGACUUUGCUAAAGCUGUCUUCAAUCACUGUCCUUUUUUACUGCCUCAAGGUGAAGAUGUACAAAAGGUUUUAGAUGAGUGGAAAGAAUACAAAAUGGGAGUGCCAACCUAUGGUGCAAUUAUUCUUGAUGAGACACUUGAAAAUGUUCUUUUGGUUCAGGGCUAUUUAGCAAAGUCUGGUUGGGGAUUUCCAAAAGGGAAAGUAAAUAAAGAAGAGGCUCCUCAUGACUGUGCUGCUAGAGAGGUGUUUGAAGAAACUGGGUUUGACAUAAAAGAGUAUAUUUGCAAAGAAGAAUAUAUUGAGCUGCAUAUUAAUGAUCAGUUAGCACGGCUGUACAUCAUUCCAGGAGUUCCCAAGAACACAAAAUUCAACCCCAAAACUAGAAGGGAAAUUCGGAAUAUUGAGUGGUUUUCCAUCAACAAAUUACCUUGCCACAGAAAUGACAUGACCCCGAAGUCCAAGCUGGGUUUGGCACCUAACAAAUUUUUUAUGGCAAUUCCCUUCAUCAGGCCAUUGAGGGAAUGGAUUUCCCGAAAGAGUGGAGAUUCCUCAGAUAGCGACAAUGGAUUUUCAUCUGCAUUGAACACACCCUCUAAGCCCAACUGGGAAAAAGCUAGAUCCAAACUUCGCUGUAGUCAUCAUGUGUUUACAGAUGGCUUUUCAGGAGAGCAGUGGGUGAAGCCAAAACAGCCACAGAAGCCAUAUAAUCAUCCUGAGAUGUCUGAAGUUUUGAAAAUAAAGGGUCAGACCUUGAAGAGCAAUGGCAGAAAGCAGUAUCAAGACACUUUCAGCCAAAAGAAGCGAACAAAUGGAGUCCACAAUCAACCAGUUAAGCAAAACUAUACCUUGAAAUGUGAAAAAAGGCUUCAUCCAAGAAGACUUCAGGAUAACUUCGAAACCGAUGCAGCAUAUGACAUGUAUUGCUUCAGUGAAGACCCACUGCCAGAACAUGCAGAGGGACAUUCUGUGGCAUGGAAUGGCCAUUACAAAUUUGCUUUCUCAUCAAGAGCUUUCUUGAGUUUCAAGUUUGACCAUGAUGCCAUAAUGAAAAGUUUUGACCUCUGACAGCAAACUUAAUAGGAACAAAAAUCAGACUUGCCUGUUGCAAUUGAGGGGGUUUCUUAUCCAGCCUUACUCUUUCUCAGGAGUUUUUUUGUUUUGUUUUGUUUGUUUUUAAAUGCAAUGCAGGGACUGACUGGUGGUUUGGAAGGGUUUGUUCUUUUUGCAGUAUGGCAGUGGCACAGUCAAGUGUUGCACUUUAAAUGCAGUACAGCCUUUUUCCACAAAAGUACCUUUCCAGUGUUCAGUUCACUUGUUCCUAGCUGUGCAUUAGAGGGCAUUCUUUUUCCUUUGUGUUUUUUUUUUAUUAACUUGCUGUGUGUUUUGUAGAAUGUCAUUGACUUUUUUUUUAACUGUUGAGUAUACCUGCUUGCUAAACUUCAACUGCUCUGAUGUAAAUUAUUGGACUUGUUAGUCAUUAUUGCAUAGUACAUUGCAAUAUUACAGCAGUGGCAAUGAAACUGAUACUCAGAGGACUCCUCUGUCCUAGCGAUUUUGAAACCAAGUUGCACAUUUCAAACCUAGCCUCAGCCUGUCAUCCUUUGUGUGUCCUGGUUGCUUCCCCAAAAUACCUUCCCUCCUUCACACUGAUAGCUUCUGUUGGCUGGCGAUCAGUAGUACUUGGAGUCAAAUCUAUAGGAUGUUGACUUCUUGUACCUACUCUGCCUCUGUCUUCAGUAAGGAUACACAAACUGGGUAGAACUUAGCCAUUCAAAGUGUCUAGCUUCAACUCUUAUGCAGUGUCCCCAGCUGCAUAAGAAGGAAGUUGCAAAGUUUUGUGUUAUCCCAGUUGCAGCUGCUUUCAGAAAGGAAAAGCUUAAACUUGUCUGUGAGAGGUUACUCAUGUAGAAUUUAUACUGAAUGUAAAUAGGCCUCUAGAUCUCGCUGAGGAGGAAGGCAGGUGCAUGGAUAAUAGAGUCAUUGUGUGACACUAAAUGGCUUAAUCAGGCUUGCAAUAACUAUUCUAAGGGUGUCCAGUAUUGUAUUCUGUGCUGUUGUCCUCAAAUCUCUUGUGUAGUGUAUGCUCUGUAUAUAUCCAGUAGUACUGAAUUGCACUUGCAGUUAGCAUUUAAAUGAUGUAGCCUCAGUUGUUUUCAGCUACAAUGCUUUCUUAGUAA